AUGUACUACGGCAAUGACACGGCGUUCUCCUGCCCCUCGUGUGUCGGCACGUUUCGGCACCCUGGUGCCAAGUGGAAGCUGCUGCACCUCCUGGCCUCACGGCCAGAAUGGGAUCGAGUCAUGCAGCCCUACCAAGCAUUCAUGGUCACAGACGACGAUCUGCUGAUGGCACCCCAUGACUUGGACAUCGGGUUUGACGUGUUCUCCCGGCACUCCCUGGAUCUGGGCCAGCUGUCAGUGUGUCCCUCUCCAGACUCCUACACCUGGUGGGAGCUGAUGUACCAAAACUCCUCCAACACCCUGCGCUACACGGCCUUUGUGGAGAACAUGGCCCCCAUGUUCUCCAAGAGCAUGCUCACAAAGCAUGUGCUCCCUCACCUGGAGGAUGCCAGCAUCGGCUGGGGCCUGGACUUCUUGUGGCCCUUCCUGCUGCGCUAUGCUCGCGAGUCUGUGGGGGUCGUGGACGUCGUGUGCAUGACACACCCGUCCACAAAGCCAGAGUCUGGGAGCAGCAUUUACGCCACCACACACGAAAAGGGUUGGACGCCGCGCCAAGAGAGGGACAAGCUGAUGAAGCAUUGGAAGAUCAACACCGCAGCCUAUCGCCGUCACGGACUGAAGCUGGCGCCAAUGCAGACGCAAUUUGCCGCGGUACCCUUGCCGCCGGCAGGUUACAGAGAUGACGGCCACAUCUCCCUGGGCUUCCCCACGCUGUGCAUCUGGGGUGCAAACACGGGCGUGGGGAAGACACUCGUCAGCGCCGGGCUGGCCGCGGCGGUGACGCGCGCAGAGGGAAGCCUGCUGUACCUCAAGCCCCUGCAGACCGGCUUCCCCACCGACUCCGACGCGCGCACAGUCCUCGCCGCCGUGGCGACCGAGCUGGCGGCCUUCGAGGAGCGUGGCCUCUUCCUGCGCGGUGACUGCAUGGCGCUGGUGGAGAGCGCGGGCGGCGUGGCCAGCCCCAGCCCCGCCGGCGGCGCCCAGUGCGACCUGCUCGCACCCCUCUGCGCCCCGGCCCUGCUGGUGGGCGACGGCCGCCUGGGCGGCAUCUCCGUCACCUACGCCGCCUACGAGCUGCUGCGUGGCCGGGGCCACGCCGUGCCCUUCCUCCUGCUGGCGGAGGAGCAGGCGGGGAACGCCGACGCCCUGGCCCGCCUCAUCGGGCCGGGCGAGACCCAGAUCCUGGCUCUGCCCCCGCUCCCGGCGCCGGCGCCCGCGCGGGACGCAGCUGCGGAAGGGGGACGUGCAGAGGCCGCCGCCGUGCCGGCCUACCUCGAACCUCCGUGCGCCGACGCCGGGCUGGCUGACUGGCUGAGCCGCACCGCCUUGGUAUUCGAUCGCCUGCGGGUCGACGUCGCAGAGGAGCACGCCCGCCGCGUGCGGCGGCUGCAGAGCCUGGAGGAGACCGCCCGACGCAGGGUUUGGUGGCCUUUCCACCAGCACGCGCGCGCAGACAGCCCGGUGGCGGUCUUCGAUGCCCGGGCGGGGGAGCGCUUGCUCACGCUGGGCCCCGCCGAGUGCACGCCCAGCCUGCUGGCGGAGGCGAUGCUGGACUCGGUGGGCCAGGGCUGGGCGUCCCGCGCCUUCUUCUCGGACGACGGGUCCACCGCGGUUGAGGUGGCGCUGAAGAUGGCCUUCCGGAAGUUCCUGGCGGAUCGGGGGGCCACGGACUGGGAGGUGGAUGACGGCCCCGAGCUGGGGGUGCUGGGCCUGCAGGGCGCCUACCACGGCGACACGCUGGGCGCCAUGGACUGCGUGGCGCCCUCGCCCUUCAACGGCCGCCGCCAGACGCCCUGGUACGCGGGCCGCGGCCUGUUCCUGGACCCACCCACCCUGGCGUUGCGGGGCGGUGCCUGGGCGGGCGCGGGCCAGCCGGCCCCGCUCCCCGACCUGGCGGCGGUGUUCGCGCCGCGGCCCGAGGCAGUGGCCGCCCACCGCGCCGCGAUCGCCGCGGCGCUGGACGCGCACGACGCCGCGGCGGGCGCACAUCUCGCCGCGCGUCCCGCGCCGCCGGCGCUGGCAGCCUGCCUGCUGGAGCCGGUGGUGCAGGGGUCGGGAGGCAUGCGCCUGGUGGACCCCGCCUUCCAGCGCGCCCUGGCGGCGGAGGCCCGCGCCCGUGGCAUCCCCCUCGUCCUGGACGAAGUGUUCACGGGCCUGUGGCGGCUGGGCGCGCCGUCGGGGGCGGCCCUGCUGGGCCUCGACCCCGACGUGGCCUGCUAUGGCAAGCUGCUGACAGGGGGGCUGGUCCCGCUGGCCCUCACCCUGGCCUCUGAGCCCGUGUUCGAGGCCUUCAAAGGGGAGAGCAAGCUGGACGCGCUGCUGCACGGCCACUCUUACACCGCCCACCCGACCGGCUGCGCGGCGGCGCUGGCGGCGCUGGCGGCAUACGCGAGCCCCGCCCUGAACCCCAAUGCGGGCGCGCUGGCGGGGGCCGCGGCGCGGCGCCUGCCGCUGACGCUCUGGGGUGAGGCCGCGGCCGCCGAGCUGUCCCGCCUGCCGGGCGUGGCGGGGGUGACCACGCUGGGCACGCUGCUGGCGGUGGAGCUGGGCGGGGGCGGGGGCGGGUACGCCUCGGACGCGGCGGCGGGGGUGGUGGCGGCGCUUCGGCGCCACGGCGUGUUUGCGCGCCCGCUCGGCCCCGUGGUCUACCUCAUGGUCACGCCCAUGACGGGGGCGGGGGAGGUGGACCGCCUGCUGGCCGCCAUGAAGCUGGCCCUGGCGGAUGCGGGGACGGGGGCGGGCCCAUGUUGA